CUACUAAUUACUUCGGUAAUAAAACUACAGCAAUUGUUUGCCUUCUUCAAUCCUAUGCGUUUAGGGCGGGAGAUAAAGGAUCUGCCUUUUUUUUCCCCCUUUUGCGCCGCUCACUCCUAUUUUUCACCUCGCUCGAUCUCUGCGAUUCCGAAGAGUGGUUUAGCGGGGUUGUUCUGAGACUCAAUCGGGGACUUGUUGGGAAGAAUGGGGUAUAUAGGGUCGCAUGGCAUAGCUGCGUUGCACAAGUACAAGUACAGUGGCGUGGAUCACUCGUACGUCGCCAAAUAUGUGCUCCAACCGUUCUGGAGUCGCUUCGUUAAUUUCUUCCCCCUUUGGAUGCCUCCAAACAUGAUAACACUUAUGGGAUUCAUAUUCCUAGUCAUUUCUGCUUUGCUUGGCUACAUUUAUUCACCUCGCUUGGAUUCAGCUCCUCCAAGAUGGGUUCAUUUUGCACAUGGAUUGCUACUUUUUCUCUACCAGACCUUUGAUGCUGUUGAUGGGAAACAAGCAAGACGGACAAAUUCCUCAAGUCCAUUAGGGGAGCUUUUCGACCAUGGAUGUGAUGCUCUUGCUUGUGCAUUUGAAGCCUUGGCUUUUGGGAGCACCGCUUUGUGUGGCAGAAGUACUUUCUGGUACUGGGUAAUUUCAGCUGUUCCAUUUUUUUGUGCAACAUGGGAACACUAUUUCACCAAUACCCUUAUUCUUCCAGCUAUCAAUGGUCCUACUGAGGGUCUCAUGCUGAUUUAUCUGUGCCAUUUCUUCACAGCCAUUGUUGGUGCUGAGUGGUGGGCUCAACAAUUUGGGAAGUCUAUACCCUUAUUAAGUUGGGUGCCAUUUCUUCAUGAAAUUCCCACAUACAGAGCUAUGAUGUUUCUGAUGAUAGUUUUUGCUGUUAUACCUACAGUCACAUUCAAUGUACGCAAUGUUUACAAGGUAGUUCAGGCAAGAAAAGGAAGCAUGCUGCUAGCAUUAGCGAUGCUUUACCCUUUUGCUGUGCUCUUGGGUGGAGUCCUUAUUUGGCACUAUUUGUCUCCGUCGGACAUAAUUGGGAACUAUCCACAUUUAGUUGUGUUGGGAACUGGACUUGCUUUUGGUUUCCUUGUGGGAAGGAUGAUCUUGGCUCACUUGUGUGAUGAACCAAAGGGCUUGAAAACUAAUAUGUGCAUGUCACUACUGUAUCUCCCUUUUGCUAUUGCAAAUGCACUCACAGCCAGACUGAAUGAUGGAGUUCCUUUAGUUGAUGAGAGGUUUGUUCUACUCUUUUACUGUCUAUUCUCAGCGGGACUCUAUUUGCACUUUGCUACAUCAGUCGUUCAUGAAAUUACAACUGCCUUGGGAAUAUAUUGCUUCAGGAUAACCAGGAAAGAAGCUUGAAUUUUGGUGGUGCUUACUUUCGGAUGUCCUUCCCAGUUUCAAGUCAAGAAUGAUGCAGCGACAACGAGUUUUUGGUUAUUCUUUUUUAAUAUAACAUUGAUGGCAUAGUUGUUAUUUGGUUUUAGUAUUGAAGGUCCAAUUUAAUCAUCCGUAUUUUUGUAAUAGAUUAUUUAUUUUCGGAAUAGAGUAGGCCAGUUCAGAUAUGUAAACUCGUUAAAUGUAAUACAAGAAUUAGAUAUUUGUAGCAUGUGAUGUGAGAGCAUGUGCAUGAGUUCGAGUCAAAAUGUUUUUUUGCUUUUUUUUCUCAUAGUAGAGAGAAAUUUGGAGGUCGAUAUACUUUCAAUUGGAUGCCGAUUAGUAGAUUAUGCUUUGAUUCGUGCUAA